AUGAAUUACAGUGAAGUAGAUGCUGUGCUAGAUUCGUUGACUCCUACAGAUUUAUUAGUUCCAAUCAGUGGCAGUAACAGGCAACCUUUCAAGAAUAUUGUGGAGUUAAAUGAUGAAAAGGCUAGAGAAAAUCAUUCCAAUAAUACAUUUAUCAGUGUUGGAAUCGACAGUGACGACAGCAGGGAACAGGAAGGCAGUGAUGAUUCAAUGGACAUAGAUCAGAAAUUGUCUAAAGCCAAGACGAGGUUACAUCGUAGAUAUCUAAGGGGUAUUCGUCAAUUGUCUCUAAUGGAAGAUUUGACCAAUGUUAGUAAUCUUGCAUAUUGGAAGGCAUCUUCGUUCAAGACUUCGAAUCCAAUUGAAAAUGUUAUAAAUGAUUAUCCAGAAUCUUAUUGGCAAAGUGACGGUAGUCAACCAUAUAUUGUAGAUAUCUAUUUUAGCAAAAGGAUAGAACUGGCACUGUUAGCCAUCUUUUUUGGGUUUGAAAUCGAUGAAUCUUAUAGUCCGAAAGUGGUUAAGCUAUAUGUUGGAGAUAGUAUAUCUGAUCUAAUAUAUUAUGAAGAAUGGUAUAUAGGUAAGAUAACUCAGUGGUAUGUAAAGAAGUUCCCAAGCCUGGAGGAUAGUGAGGGAGAACAAAACAUUCCCAUUAGGUGUCAUAUAUUAAGAUUGGUAUUCCCUGUAAAUCAUGAUAAUGGGAAAGACACACAUCUGAGAGGUGUUAGAAUAUACACGAGAGAUCAGAACAAUAGAGCAUUAUCAAUGAUCUCAAAUAACAUGAGUUCUGCAGUAAAGGAUACAGAUCGUGUCUUGGCAAGUAUAGAUCCUAAAAGUAAGUUCAAUGAUGAAUAUUUUACAAUCAGAUAA